AUGGGGUUAUCUACGUUGCCUCCAGAACUCAAACUCGACAUUGCCGAAUAUCUAGAUCCCGAAUCGAGCCUUCAACUCGCUCUUACAUGUAGAGAUCAACACAAGCUCUGCAUAUCGAUACUGAGCGAGUAUAGACGAUUGCUCUCGGAGGGGCAGGCCAUUGAUACAUCUGACCCUAAGAGUGCUGGCACACUACUUUGGUCUACAUUGAAAGAAGCAGCACGAGCACUGGAAGAACGUUACCAAAACGUAGACGGCGGCAGCGAGGGAUCCAAUCAAUACAGCUUCUAUAGCCGGCCAGACUUUAAUGAUCUCAUCUUGGUUUUGGAAGAUCGCAUCACCGACGGAUGUGACGAUGCUAUCAUCGCAAUAUUAAUACACCAUCUACCAUUUCUCAAGACAAUCAGGAUCACAGAUGCCGAGACAGACUGCCUACAAAUUAUGAUGCGACACGUUGCCGCUGCUUACAAGAACCCUACUCUCCAGCGCUUGACUACUGCCGCAGUCGCUCGUCGGGAUACAGAGUACACCUGCGACGUUGAGUGGGCAUGUACAUUUCUCUCUCUUCCUUCUAUUCGAACCUUUGCCGCAAACAUGAUGGGUGUGUCACCCGAACUUGGCGGAAUAUUACGUUACGUACUUGAAGAUGGCAAGCGCUAUUCCAACGCCACAGAGUUAUUUCUGAUUCACUGCCAAUUUGAUGUGAAAGGUCUGGAAUUCGUUCUUGCGGCUAGGGUCAUCACAGCUGUCGCAAAAGCGGCCGGUCAUUCGCUGGAGGAGCUUAAGCUCGCCCAAGACGCCUUCGAUGCCGAGAUGAGUGCAGAAGAUGACCGGAAAGCCGUCUCACUUCGUGAGUUCAAAAAGCUUAAAAGCCUAAACUGCGAAUGGGAAAUGCUAUUACCGCAGGACAUCGAGUCCGAUAACGACAGGUCGUUCGAGAAUGGGUUCCCAACCGUUGAAUUCGACGUCAGGGUUAUCCUACCCGAGUCUCUGGAAGAACUAUACCUCCAUGGGACGUUCGAUGAUGAGGAAUGGGAGGAGCUAUCCGGCAUUCUCGCAUCCCCGAACGCUGCAACACCGAAUCUCGACAAGAUGUGCAUUAGAAGGUUAGCGACAGAAUGGCCUCACGAUGCCGUAGCAAUAAUUGGAGAUUUACCAGCGCCAAGUCGCAGCCUGCAUCCCCUUGUGAGGCUAUUCGACGGUCACGGAGACUAA